UACCAGCACUAGCAGUAAAGCAGCAGCAGAAGUACCAGCAGCACCACCAUCAACAGGAGCAACGACGCUGGACUUUGGGACGCCUGGCGUCUCUCUCUCUUUCUAUUUCUAUCUCUUUCUCUCUUUCUCUCUUUCUAUCCCUCCCUCUAUCUCUCUCUCUCUCUCUCUCUUUUUCACUAACUCGUUUGCUCGCUCAUAUUGUUAGACUAGCAGACGACCGUUCCAACGUUCUCUUCUCAGUGAUCUAUGUGAUGCCGCCGUGAUCGUUCGGUGAUCCGUGCGCGCAUUAAUUUCUUUCCGCAAAACGUGCGCGAGAAUCACACGUGCGUCAAUUGAAAGGACAAAGCGAAGGAAAAAAAAAAAAAGAAAAAAGGAAAUCCCGAAGAAACGGAAAGAGAAAAGGUGUGACACUUUGAUCCCAUUCGACGAGGAAGAUACGACAAUAAAAAAGAUCACUCGACUCGACGUUUACAGAUAAGUGCGAUAAAUGUUCUAACGAAGCCCGACGUUGCAGGAUUUUCGGCUUGUAUGUCCGAAAAAGUCCGAUAUGAAUACAGAAGGAAGAACGUUCUCAGGGAGAUGACACCACGACGUCACGUAUUCGCGGGAAUUCGUCGAGCACUUUUGGCUGCCGCGAUCGUGGGUUUGAUCAUCUUGGCCCUCUCCAAUCAAGAUGAUCAUAACAACGUGCAACAGGGAACACUUUUGGACGACGAUAUCAACCUAACGCCAGAGGAGAGAAUGAUCGAACUAGCUACAGCUGCGGAAACAGAAGCUCGUUUGAUCGAACGAAGAAAAUUUUUGGCUGAAAAGUGUGCCGAGGAAGGACUCGAUCGUCCUGGAAAUGAUUCCCUUCACAAGCCCAACGCUUGGGAAUUUCUUGUAAAUAGAGAAUAUCAUCUGAUAUGGUGCAACGUAUUUAAAGCUGCAUCCACCUCAUGGAUGUAUAAUUUCAAUCUACUUGCAGGAUACAGUCCGCAAUUUUUAAAAGCCUCUAAAGCUGUACCAGUAUCUCUGGCACGGCAAAAAUAUCCUAGACACACGGCCGAAGAAUUAGCGAAAUUUUUAAAUGACAGUAUCAGCUUCCUAAUCGUCAGACAUCCUUUCGAAAGAUUGUUGAGUGCCUAUAGAGACAAAUUGGAGCAUAGUUUGCCCCAUACGUUUCACAGCAAUCUCGGUGCUCACAUAGUUUGGCAUUACAGAUCAAAGGAUUCGAAAAUGACUGGUAAACAUGGACCGAGAUAUCCAUUCUUUGAAGAAUUUGUUAGAUGGCUUUUGUGCCAGUGGAAAGCUGGAAACGAAUUGGACAUGCACUGGACACCGAUAGUCAACUUUUGCACACCCUGCCAAGUGCGAUUCGAUAUAAUCGCAAAAUUCGAAACACUUCGAGAAGAUCAGGACUUCCUUAUAAAGCAAGCACACGUUGGACAUAUCAUUAAACCGGAAUGGAAGAAUCCAACGAGAGGUGUUCAAACGAAAGACGUUGUCAAAAAUUAUUUCACUCAAUUAUCCAAGACACAAAUCAAUGAUCUUUAUGAAAUGUUUAGGUAUGAUUUUAUACUCUUCGAUUAUUCUCCCGAGGAAUAUAUUUCACUUGGAAAAGACAAGCCGACUACGUUGAUAUGCAAAAAUUGAAGUGGAAAUAUGCGAACUAGAAGACGAUCGUAACUCGAUCUUAACUAUUUGCGAAUGCAGCAUUUCUUUUUUUAUAUCAAAAUAAAUUCUUAUUUGAUGAAAAAACGCAACGAAACAUUAGAUUAUGCUUGAUAAAGUUGAAAACUACUAUGUUAUCUGUAUAUAAUAGUCAUUAGUUUGUCAUUUAUUAUAUAGAAAUAAAAAAGAGUAUUAAUUUUAAACAAAAA